AUGAACACGGAGACGACCGAAAUCACGACGCUCAAGCGCGUUUCCAUCAACCUCCUCGUGACCCCGGUAUCGACGCAGACGAUGACAGUGCAAAACCACGAAGCUCGGCAGCCUUCUUGGCGUCUCCAUCUACAGACCAAUCGCCUGCGCCUGUACAACUGCUACGUGCUCCUCGUGCUGCGCUAUAGCUGUGACACCUAG